AUGACUAGACUGAAUGGAAAGACGGCUGUCAUCACCGGCGGCGCUACCGGCAUCGGCCUCGCAGCGGCAAAGCGCUUCAUCGAGGAGGGUGCCUUCGUCUUCAUCUUCGGCCGCCGACAGGAAGCGCUCGACGCGGCUCUGGCCGACCUUGGGCCCAAUGCCCGCGCGGUAAAGGGCUCAGUCUCCGAUCUGGCCGACCUCGACCGACUAUACGCGGCGGUGAAGGCUGAGCGCGGAACCAUCGAUAUCGUCUUUGCCAAUGCCGGGACGGGAAACCAGCUUCCGCUCGGCGAGAUCACCGUCGAGCACUGUGACGAAAUCCUCGACACCAAUGUGAAGGGUUCGAUCUUCACGGUCCAGAAGGCGCUGCCGCUGAUGGGCCAGGGCGGUUCAAUCAUCCUAACCGGAUCGAGCGCUGGCACCACGGGCUCCCCAGCUUUCAGCCUUUACGCCGCGAGCAAGGCGGCUGUGCGCAACCUCGCGCGGACCUGGGCGGAGGACCUGAAGAGCACCGGCAUCCGGGUAAACGUGCUGUCGCCCGGGCCGACGGCGACCGAGCUCGCGAAGGAAGCGCUGGGCGAGGAGGGCAUGAAGGCCUUCGCCUCGCUCAAUCCGCUCCAGCGUAUGGCCGAUCCAGCGGAAAUUGGCGCCGUGGCUGCCUUUCUCGCGUCGCAGGACAGCAGCUUCAUGACCGCCAGCGAGGUUGCCGUCGACGGCGGCCUCGCGCAAAUCUGA